UCCACUCCCAAAUAUCCUGUUUCUUCGGGCUGGGCAGCCAGGACCAAUAGAAACCUCUUCCUGACAUUGGUUGACUUCAUUUCCCAGACUUAGCACAAUCUCAUCCGCUCUAAACAACCUCAUCAAAACUACUUUCUGGUCAGAGAGAAGCAAUAAUUAUUAUUAACAUUUAUUAACGAUCAAUAAACUUGAUUGCAUUAUGGCCAGCACUAUUAAGGAAGCAUUAUCUGUCGUGAGCGAGGACCAGUCGCUGUUUGAGUGUGCCUACGGAACACCGCACCUGGCCAAGACAGAGAUGACUGCAUCCUCCUCCAACGAUUAUGGACAGACGUCAAAGAUGAGUCCACGCGUCCCUCAGCAGGACUGGCUGUCUCAGCCCCCCACCAGGGUCACCAUCAAGAUGGAAUGUAACCCCAACCAGGUGAACGGCUCAAGGAACUCCCCAGAUGAAUGCAGCGUGGCAAAAGGCGGGAAGAUGGUGGGCAGCCCAGACACAGUGGGGAUGAACUACGGCAGCUACAUGGAGGAGAAACACAUUCCACCCCCAAACAUGACCACGAACGAGCGCAGAGUUAUCGUCCCGGCAGGUUUUUUGGGUGGACAGAAGUUUUCAACUCAUUUGAGUAAAUACCUGGAAGUGUUAUUGCUGGAUCAUAUGAUAAGCCAUUCCAAUCCUACGCUAUGGAGUACAGACCAUGUCCGGCAGUGGCUGGAGUGGGCAGUGAAAGAAUACAGCCUCCCAGACGUGGACAUCUUAUUGUUCCAGAAUAUCGACGGGAAGGAACUGUGCAAGAUGACCAAAGAUGACUUUCAGAGGCUCACCCCAAGCUACAAUGCUGACAUCCUUCUCUCACAUCUCCACUACCUCAGAGAGACUCCUCUUCCACAUUUGACUUCAGAUGAUGUGGAUAAAGCCUUACAAAACUCUCCACGGUUAAUGCAUGCUAGAAACACAGGGGGUGCAGCUUUUAUUUUUCCAAAUACUUCAGUAUAUCCUGAAGCUACGCAAAGAAUUACAACUAGGCCAGAUUUACCUUAUGAGCCACCCAGGAGGUCAGCCUGGACCGGUCAUGGCCACCCCACACCCCAGUCAAAAGCUGCUCAGCCGUCUCCUUCCACAGUACCCAAAACUGAAGACCAGCGUCCUCAGUUAGACCCUUAUCAGAUUCUUGGACCAACAAGUAGCCGCCUUGCAAAUCCAGGGAGUGGACAGAUCCAGCUUUGGCAGUUCCUCCUGGAGCUCCUGUCAGACAGCUCAAACUCUAACUGCAUCACCUGGGAGGGCACCAACGGGGAGUUCAAGAUGACAGACCCUGAUGAGGUUGCCCGGCGUUGGGGAGAACGGAAAAGCAAACCCAAUAUGAACUACGAUAAGCUCAGCCGUGCCCUCCGUUACUACUAUGACAAAAACAUCAUGACCAAAGUCCACGGGAAGCGCUAUGCCUACAAGUUUGACUUUCACGGAAUCGCCCAGGCCCUCCAGCCCCACCCUCCAGAAUCUUCUCUGUACAAGUACCCCUCAGAUCUCCCUUACAUGGGCUCCUAUCACACCCACUCACAGAAGAUGAACUUUGUGGCUCCCCAUCCCCCAGCUCUACCAGUGACAUCUUCUAGUUUUUUUGCUGCCCCAAACCCUUACUGGAAUUCACCAACUGGAGGUAUAUACCCUAACACUCGGCUCCCAGCCAGCCAUAUGCCUUCUCAUCUGGGCACUUACUACUAGAGACCUAACAGAGGCCUUUCCCAACAACAUACAGUCACCAAUGAACUGCCACAAACUCUAUUGGAGAACAAGAAUCAAAAGUGCCUCAAAAGGAAUGGAAAGAAUGGAAAAGGUUGACUGGGGCUGGGGAAGGACACCAGGGAAGAAAUCCCAAAGACUCUUAGAGGGUGGGAAUUAUUAAAGUAUUACUACAGAAAUAAAGAGAAGACUAAAAAAAUGUAAUGUAUAUGGACAUAUAUUCUGUGGACCAACCUUGUAGAAGACAUUUUAAGGAGAAGCAAGACGUCAUAAGGACAAAGUGCCAAAGAAAGCGGUCUUAAGACAUGUAUAAACUUUAGAGUAGCAUUUGGAAUCCUGCGAAUUCAAACUGGGAUUCAACUCAAGCAAUAGAGAUAACACAGUUCUGACUUCACGUUACCAUUUAUAGUGUCAUUUUUAGGAAAACUACCUGUAUUUAAAAAUAGGAACAUAUCAGAAAAAAAAGAGAGAGACGGUGGCUUCUCAAAGGGACAUUGAUAUGGAACUCAUUGGCACUUGCUGUGUUGGUUGGAAUCAGAUUCUUUCCAUUUGAUGGAGAGCUCUCAGCUCUCUCAAACUGUGAAGAUGACCCAAAGUUUCCGACUCCUUUACAGUAUGUUACAGGAGCUGUGAGCCAAAUGGUGGGACACAGAAUGUGGAUGGAGAGCGAGUGUGUAAUUGUAGAUGAAGGCUGGAGGAGGGAGAAGAGGAGAAAGCAGAGAAGGAGGUGGCAAGGACUAGGAAAAGACCUUCUCAAGCAGUAAAGACUGGAUUUAGGACAAUUUGGGACUGUGGAGAAUGAGUCACGGGGACGUGGGGUUUAAUGCGGUCAGUGUUAUACCAAACCCAGUGUUGUAAGAAAGGACACAGCGCCAUGGAGGAAGAGAAAGUAGUAGAAUUCAGAAACAAAAAUAUGCAUCUCUUUCUUUGUGUGUUUGUCAAAAGAAAAUUGUAACUGGAAUUGUCUGAUAUUUAAAAGAAACAUUCAGGACCUCAUCAUUACAUGGGGGCUUUGUUCACCAGGGUAAGGUAAGAGGUGGCCUUCUCGGCUACCAUAAUCAGAAAUCACGCAGGCAUUUGGGUGAGGCGCGCUCCAGUUUUCCUUUUCGAGUCGCGAACGCUGUGCGUUUGUCAGAAUGAAGUAUACAAGUCAAUGUGUUUUGUUCUGUUUUUUUUUUCCUUUUUAUAUAAUAAUUAUAUAACUUAUGCAUUUAUACACUACGAGUUGAUCUCGGCCAACCAAAGACACACCACAAAAGAGACAAUCAAUGAUACAAUGUGGCCUUGAAUUUAAACUCUGUAUGCUUAAUGUUUACAAUAUGAAGUUAUUAGAUCUUAGAAUGCAGAAUGUAUGUAAUAAAAUAAGCUUGGCCUAGCAUGGCAAAUCAGAUUUACCCAGAAGUCUGCGUUUGCACUUUCUUAGUGACUAAACUUGCCUAAUAGAACUUUGUCCUGAAUGUUGUGGCUUUUGUGUUAUAAUUUUACUUUGUGAUUCUUUCUCAACUGGGAUGCUUAGUACCCAAACAGUGUUGGCCUCAGCAGGCACUUUAUGUCCACAGUCUCAUUUCUAGCACCUUUUGGAACGGAAGGACCAAAGGUUUCAUUUUGGAGUU